AUGUCCAGAUUCAUCCACGACACCAGCUUUGGCAAGCUCGUUCGAUUGAUAACGCGCAAUCAAGUUCUGCGAUUUCCAGAAGAGCGACCUGAUUUCCAGCUGCAAGAUUCCUACGUCAAGCUCCUUGAAGCAGCCGAGCUACGCUCGAAUAACGAAUUCUUGUCUACCAGCUCGCAAAGCAACAAGAACCAUGGCACUCCUUCGGAUCAUCCUUCGGAUCCUGCCCUGCCAGACGACAAGGGCGCCGCGGAAGCCAAAGAGAAAGCACAGAAUGACGACCCAUUCGAGCCCAAAGUGUUGGGCGACGGCACCAUAAUCGUCAACUGGUACGGUCCGGACGACGCUGCAAACCCACAGAAUUGGACGUCUGGUCAAAAGUUGGUGCCGACGCUGAUUGUGGAUACCUACACCUUUGCUGUCUAUCUUGGCUCCUCGAUCAUUACUGGAAGCUACGCCGGCAUAAUGCGCCAGUUUGGUGUUUCUCAACAAGCUGUUUCUCUCACGCUCUCCAUGUAUGUUCUGGCCUACGGAAUCGGACCUUUGCUCUGGUCACCACUCUCUGAGAUCCCUUCCCUUGGUCGAAACUCGCUAUACAUCUUCACCUUUGCGAUGUUCAUCAUUCUCCUCAUACCUACAGCGCUGGUGAACAACUUCCCGGGCUUGGUUGUCCUACGGUUUCUCCUAGGAUUCUUUGGAAGCCCUUGCCUCGCUACUGGUCCAGCGACUUUAGGCGACAUGUAUGCCUUUGGCAAGCUUCCAUACGCAUUGUCGACCUGGGCUGUCGUCGCUACAAGCGGUCCCGCGGUUGGUCCUCUGCUUUCUGGCUACAGUGUGCCGGCCACUAGUUGGCGAUGGUCUACCUGGGAGUUGUUGUGGCUGAGUGGUCCGCUCUUCAUAGCCUUCUUCCUCCUGGUUCCAGAAACAUCACCUUCCAACAUUCUGCUUCGACGUGCUCAACGAUUGCGCAAACGUACUGGCCACUCUUGCUUCAGGAGCCAGGGCGAGAUCGAUCAAUCCCAGCACCACCCUCGAGAGGUUAUCACUGAAGCACUUUGGCGACCAGUCCAGACUAUGAUCCUCGAUCCGUCUAUCGGGUUCACAGCACUUUACGUUGCUCUCAUUUACGGCAUCUAUUACUCAUUCUUCGAGUGUUUCCCUAUCGUCUACGAAGGCGUAUAUGGAAUGUCGCUCGGGUCGCAAGGUCUUGUCUACCUGUCCAUCGCCGUUGGAAUCACUGUGGGUCUCGCAAUGUACCUGACCUGGAUUCGCAUUACCUGGGAGCCCGCCAUGCGCACUGGGAACAUUGGAGCCCCGGAACGCCGCCUUAUUCCGGCGCUCUUCGCAUCGUUCUUGCUUCCCAUAGGACUCUUCCUCUUCGCGUGGACAGCAAUUUCGGAUAUUCACUGGAUCGUUCCGACCAUUGGGGUCACUAUCUUGAGUGGCGGCAUCUUCAUGAUCAUGCAAUCCAUCUUCCUGUACCUUCCUCUCAGUUAUCCGAAAUACGCAGCAUCUGUAUUCGCUGGAAAUACCGUCGCUCGAUCUGUACUUGCUGCCGCCAUCGUCCAUUGCUCCCAACCCUUAUACUUCGAUCUCGGGGUAAGCAGAGGCGUCAGUCUGCUGGGAGGGUUCACCGUUGGUUGCAUCGCUGGUAUCUUCGCCCUGUACUAUUAUGGUCCAUCGCUACGGGCAAGAUCCAAGUUCGCUCCGUGAAUACAGCAAGACGAGUCAAGAACUGAGACGAGCGGUUCUACGUUCUAGAGCUGUCUCGCUUAUCAUGUGAGGGGAUCUUGACUCGUCUGACAAGCGAGCUAUGAACUCGAUUCGCGCUCCCUUGUUUGCCGGAUGAGAAAGAGGAUAGGAAAGGUGCGCAGAUAGAACCUGUAACUAAUAUCAAUUGAAUGAGUGAGCCAACCAGAAGUUUGUGUCUACAUUUCCGUGUUCCCUGGGAG